AUGAGCAGUAGUGACGACAGUGAUUGUUACAUUUCACCAGGCCUAUCUUCGUCAGUCAUGACGAUGACAUUAUCGAGAAAACAAUAUAAGAAAAGAGUCAAAAGACGUAAAGCGUAUCGAUCGACGAAAAAACACAUGGACACAAUACGACGAUGUCAAGUGAAACUUUUAGACGACAGGAAGCUUGACUUAUCUGUGAAUAGCAAACAAACAGUAACUGAAUUAAUCAACGAAAUCGGUCGACAAUAUCAUCUAACGGAAAUUGAAUAUUUCGGUGUUUAUUACGAAGAAAAUGAUGAAAGAAUGUGGCUUCCAGCGGACAAGAAAUUGCUCGAUCAAGAAAUCUUCAAACGUGACUCGUCAACGCCAACCUUUUAUUUUGCUGUCAGAUUCGUCUUUAAAUCGUUUUUAUGGUUGCAAAAUGCCACGACAGUUAUGUUAUUCUUUUUAUCCACACGUUAUGCUAUCUAUCAAGGAACUAUUGAUACCAAUGAUAGUACGUUAUUUCAAUUAGCGGGUUUAGUUAUUCAAGCUAUCGCUGGAGAUUAUACAAAUGACGAAGCAGCAAUCAACAUUAUUAAGCGAGUUUGUGUCCUACCUAAACGUGUAAUUGAUCGAAAUAGUUCGAGAAAAUACUGUGAAGAUCAAAUCAUCAAUCAUUAUAAAGCAUGUCGAGAUAUUGCUCGAGGUCUAUGUAUUGUCAAAUAUAUGAUGUUAGCAGAGAAUCUUCCAUCGUAUGGUUCACAUUAUUUUCUUGUUCGAAAUAAAAACAAUGUCGCUGCCUAUUUGGGUAUCUCAUUUAUCGGCAUAUCUGUAUAUAGUUAUCAUGAUCGUGAAACACCGUUAAAAAUUUAUUAUUGGAGACAAUUAGAAAAUCUUUAUUAUCGUGAUAGAAAGUUUUCCUUGGAAGUUCAUGAUUUAGAAAAUCCGAAUAUUUCCUCACAAGCUACAAUGCAAAGCAAUUCCUCAGCGCCGGAAACCGAUGAUAAGUUAAUCGAUGCUAUUCACGAUCCAACUACACAAAUGUCAACCGGUCGUCGAAUUCCUCCAACUCCAAACAUUAAAGUUCGAGCAUGGUUUGCAAAUUCUCCACAAUAUUGUAAAGCAAUAUGGUCAAUGGCUGUUGCACAGCAUCAGUUCUAUCUUGAUAAACGAAACUGUCGGCAGAAUCAAUCGCUACAAAUCAACGAUCUUGUAAGAGAAUUAAAUAAUUCGACGAUCACAUUGACGCUUGAUAAUACGAUGCCGAAUGGUACAUUAUCACGUUCCAAUAGUGUGUCAACGAGUGUUGUACAAAAUGAGCAAAUUGAAGUGGAUGUGGAACAGUUGAUGGAUCUAAUGAAAACACGCAAACAACAGCUGGAAAGUCUUUUGAGUGAAAAAAUGAAAGAUUUCAGUUUAAUUUGCGUCCUCGAAAAUCAAGUAGCCGGUGCAGCAUCAGAUGAACAUAUCGAUAUAAACGAUAGUGGAAUACAACAAGAAUUAAAAUAUCAUGUUAUCGAUGAAUUAUUGAAUGAACAAGUGCAAGAGAUUUCCAGAUUGAAUCAGUUGAAGCAAGAACAUGAAAUUCAAAGCAAAAUAGUACUGUGCGCCAAAAAAUUGUUGCAUGAUCAAGCCAAAGGCAAUUCCAAUCUCUUAGAUGCUGUUUUAAAACAACGUUUUGAAUUUUAUACCUGUGUGAAAGAAAAACUUGAUCGUUUAACAAAAUCGAUCGAUGUUGUACAAAAAGAAAUCAAUUCUCGCUACCCAUAUGCAGAUACUAGUCCAGUGAAAUCCUCUACAGCAACAAGUGGUAGUCCACCUCCCAAUUCUUAUGCUCAACGGUAUCAGCAACGAAAAAAGAGUCCUUCGCCAACACAAUUGAAUCGUACAUCAUCGUAUAAACGAGCAUUAGUGAAUAACCAACGUUCUGUACCAUCAAAUGUGACAGACAGCCAUCCAUUGGAACUUGAUAGUCAAGUUUUGCUACCUCCAACAUUAGAUAGAAGUCAAUCUUCUGAUCGUCUUGUUAGUAAUUUACCCCCCGAAUCGUCCACAGUUCGACCACAACAUACAGCAUAUAUUCUUCAACCACCCUCGUCAACAAACAACAAUGCAUCACGCAAUCGAGUACGAGAUCGAAAACAUCAAUCAAGUCUACGUCACGUACAAAAGUCGACUUCCACGAGUAAUACGUUGCUUGAUGAUCAAUCUCAACAACAACAACAACAACAGCAGCAGCAAAUGUCAACAUCCGUUUCCGGACAUAUGCGUAGUCUUGAUAGACGACAUGCGCGUCCUUUACCACAUAAUUCGUCUAGUAACACAACAAUAUCCAAGAGUCAUUCGAAAUCGAGUCACACGGAUAUCUACGGUAGUCUUGAACGUAAUAAACAUAGUAAAGUAUCGCAGCCAACGUUACAUGGUACGAUAAUCAAUGAUGAAAACGAUCGUUUGAAUAAAGCGGAUAAUCAAGCUCAUGAUUUCUAUCAUUUAACGCCAACAUUACCUUCGCAAAGUAGUACGACGUCAACGAUUGUUAAUGUUGGCAAUGCUCUUCAGCAACAGCAACAAGCGUCAUUUGAUCAUAUUGAUUCUGCUCCACCACCAUUACCGACAUCCAGUCGAACUCGACGUCCACCACCUGUAAUCUUUCAACCUCAAUAUGAUAAUUCAACAGCAACGCCAACAACAUUGUCGCCUAAAGAUACCUAUUACACUAUAUCAGGUUCCAAGGAUGUAUCAAUGCAUCCACAUACGCAUAUCCGUGGUCUUGUCAAUGAUAAUUUCUACGCUGGGCCAUAUACGAACAAACCUCCAACAGCCCCAACUCAACAACAACAGCAAUUACCGCCACCACAACCGUCUCAGCCAACCAUGCAACGAUACGAUACUUCACCGUUAGUCGUUCGCCGUCUAGAUCACAUGCAUCCAUCACAGACGAGAUAUCAACCACAACCAUACAAUCGAACACAAUCAAGUUCCGUGAUGGCUACAUCACAAGGUCCUGUAGGACGUUUGAGUGCACCUACUCAGACCUCAUCAUCAGCCUUACUAUUUCGUCCGCACAGUUCACAAUCAUCGAGUUCACAAUCGUCAGGACCAAAUUCUGGGAGUUUACACGUCGCUGAAGAAUUUACUGAUGAUGUACUCAGCUGGCUAAAUAAUAAUCACGGCAAUUCUGCUACGCUUGUGUGA